GUCAGGUAGUGAUGACGUCACAAGCGGCAAAUUCGUUGGCAACAAGCAUAAACAACGAAAAUGUUCACGAUUGUUUCUAACGAUUUAUGAUGUUUUUUUGUGAUAAAUAAAGUAUUUUAAAGUUUUUAAAGUUUUGCUGUGGUACAAAAUGGUAAGAUCUAUUUGUAUGGAUGUAUUUCUAAAAGACUAAAUGUGAAAUAAUGCACUCAAAAUCGGUGUUCUUGCAUGUAUGAUGGAUGGUUGUAAAAUUGAGCAGAUUGGGGAUUUUAUAUAUUAAUAGUAGAUUGUUUGGGUAAUAUAUAGCUAAAUGAGAUACAAACGGAUUCUACUAGACUUAUAUUUACAGUCCGUAUGUUAUCUCCUAUUGAAAUAUGCUUCGAUUGAAAUAUGCUUUGUACAGUGUACAUGAGAUUUUCUUUAUAGUUUCAGCAAGAAUCAAUACAAUAUGUGUAUUAAUUGUAUAGUUAUAGAUGUUGGGCAUAGAGAAUUAGAACUACUUCAUAUAGCAGUAAAACUGAGUGUUGGAGGUUUUUUUCGAUGGCAAUUUCAAGCAAAGCUGCAACCUGUGAUUCCAGUGCAGCACUCCAUUGAGCUAUAGAGUUCAGUUCAAGUAAAUUUAUACUGGGGUGAUGACAGAUUACUCUUAAUAUUUUUACACUGGCAUCAUAUUAGUAUAAAUACAAGUUUUGGGCUCUUGUUCCCCACCUACCAGGAGCUUGGCCCUAGUGGUGAGCCAGGGACUGUUUCCCUACAUCACCCCAUACCAGAUCAAAGUCGAUCUAUCCUUAUGUCACAGCAGGCGUCAACAAGGAGAGCAAACUUAAGUCAUGCUCAACAAUCGAAGCUCCGAGCGGACGAUAGAAGAAGAGAAAUCCUACGCGAGGAGAACGUGAAAAGACUGACAGCUGAGAAAUUAUUGGAAGCCAACAUGGCGAGCGAAGAACGAGUGGAAAAUAAAAGGUUUCUAUGUCGACUUCAGCUUGAAGCAAGGGAGAGAGACAUGGACCAAGCAUUGUUUCAGGUGAGAAAAAGAAUCAUAAUUAUAUCUUUUUUAUUAUAGGUUCACCAAAAUAAGAAAUUAUUAGGGGGGAGAACAAGUAACACUAGUUUCCUUGCAUUUUCAUGAUUUACGUAUUUAUUUCUAUAGGAAAAUGAAGCUAGGCUACUAAAAGAGCAACAACUUGAACAAGAAGAGCGACUGGCAAAGGAAUUACAAAGAAUGAAAAUGGAAAAACUAAGAGAUGAAAAAUUCCGACAGCAAAUCAGGGAAAAUAGGUAAGGGGUGUCAUGGCAAUUAUAAUAUUACUCAGCAGCAGAGUGUGAUAAUCCCUCUUUUUCAGUUUAAGAUGUGAAUGUAACCCCAAUUUUAAUUUAUAUAAUAAAUAAUAUAGCGUGGAACUUCGAGAAUUAGAGGCAAAGUUAAAAGCUGGUUACAUGAACCGAGAAAGGGCAGCGCAACUCGCAGAGAAACAUUUGUUGGAAGUUGAUGAGCAGGUUAGUGAACAUUUAGAAGUUUGAGCCCAAGUUGAUCUCAAACUUCAGGCCAAAAAAACAAAUACCUGGGUUUCCUAUUUCUCGUUGCAAAAACUAAAUAGGUAGGGUAGGUCGGGUUUCCUUUUUUUUGUUAAUUUUUUUUAUAAAUGCUCAUGCAUGAGAGUGAAUGUUCUACAUCAAUUACUGCAGCACAGAUGGCACAAACAUUCGUUAAAUAUUAUAUCAAGUUUGAAACAAACAGGUUGUAUUUUAUGUAGAUAGUACAAAACUAACGUACGUUACGAAAUGGGUACGAAAAAUUGCUCCAAAGGGUCCGUGAUUUCAGUAACCAAAAGCUAGGUAGGGUCAGGAAACCGGAAACCCAUGCAGGUAUUGUUUUCUUUGGCCUAACUGAGUGGUUCAAACAUCCAGAAGUUACAUAUUGGUAACAACAGUAAAAACAUCAACUGCUUGACAGUGCUUGUGCUUGGGUAACAGUGUUGUCUGCCAUUAAUAGAAUCGUGAAGCAGAAAUUGCAAAGACGAUGAGAGAGAACCACAACAAAGCUUUAGAAGCACAGACAGCCAAAGAGAGAGAGCGAUACGAUGAAAGCGUUCGUCAUCAAGAGCAACUCGAGAAACAAUUGUUGGAACAGGAGAAGAAGAAACAGGAUGCUUAUGAAGAAUUCUUGAAAGAAAAAUUGAUGAUUGAUGAAAUUGUUAGGAAAAUUUAUGAAGAAGACCAAAGGUAACUUUUCAUUGAGAGAGUUCUGUCUAAGGGAGACAGCUAACCAGGCACAGAUUUUCUGGGGGGUGCACACCCCCCAGAAAUUAUUUGCCCCCCCCCCCCAAGAGGCAUUUGGCACUGCCCCCAAAAGUUUUUGCACCCCUGAAAAUUAUAUAUAUUUUGAUUUGAUAGUUUCAUAUUUGAUUAUUCUUACUACUAAAUUUGUAAAAUUACCAAUAUUAUGGUCUCAAAUUUUGCCAUGCAGGCCUAGAAAACAAAUUUUGUUAAACUUUUUCCUUGGCCUUUCCGGGCGUGGCCACCAAGCCCCGGCCAAAGCAAGCAGCAGCACCACCCCCCCCCCCACCCAGAUAUUCAUCCACCCCCUGAAUGAAAAUAUGAAAAUCUGUCUCUGAGCCUGUGGCAGACAGUGAUUGGAGGAAUGGAACUGUCCACCCGCUCCCAAAUACCUUGAAUUAAAUCUUAUUAAUAAAGUAUCUGAAAGCAGGGUCUGAAAUUUGCAGUAUCCCGAUUGUUAUCCACAGGAUACUAAAAUUUGGUUUUAGAUACCAAACUGUGAAUGACUUGUAUCCCGACUGGAUAUUAUGGACAUUGGUCUUCCAAUAGCUUUGAAUACUACGAGUCUGCUCUCUUGAGAAAAUAACCGGCCUUCGAUUGCCAACUUGGUGGUCUAGUUAUUGACUGUUGAGUCUCUUGUUGUCAUUGUAAUUUAUAACAAUGAGAGAUAUGUACUGAUGCUGUGUUCUCAGAUGGGAUACUAUUUGAAUCCUACUGUAGUAUCCCAGGGGAUAAAAAGUUUUAAAUUUCAGACCCUGGAAAGAUACCUAAGUGCCUAGCCAAGUCUGCUACUGAGUAAAAUAUUGGCAGGAUUAUAGACCGUCCUGGAACUUUUUCACCCCUCCCAUGCUGGAAUAAGCAAUUCUGCCAAUUGUCCAGAAAAACUUGCUAUCUAAUAAAAACUCACAGUAUUACUAACUGUAAACCUAUGAAAUGCCUACAGUUUGCUCUUAAGAAAUUUUGCUGCAGCUAUAUUUUUGUUUUGCAUUUUCAUAAACCAGAGAGCUUGAGAAAAAGCUGGGGAAACAACGUGCUACCCAGAGAUAUAUCACAGAGUUCAAGAAAAAGAGAGAUGAGGUAAAGUAUCAAAUAAAUGUGUUUAUAAAUUAUAUCUUAAUAAAUAUUAUCAUCCAAAUCCUGCUAAAUUUUAUAAAAUGGUCCUGCCAUUGUGCAAAUUUUAAAAACUUCAUAUUCAUAAUAAAACAUUUAAAAAAUUUCCCAGCAUUUUGCCAAUUAUAAUUUGUAAAACAAACGCUAUGCUAUUCUAAUACAAGUAAAGUUUUCUUUUAAAGUUUACAUAAUAAUAUGCCAAAUUUUCUACGGCCAUUUAAAAACCACGUGUGGAACAUUAUCCUACCUUUAAAUGGUCCAUGUUCGUCUUUUAAGACAACUUUUGCGCUGAUAUUGUCGUAACAAUUAACCUUUCAAAGCGUUUUGAACAUUACUUCAGUUUUUGAAUUGAGCUAAAAUACGAUUUAAAGCAUCAAUUUUGUUCUCCAAAGUCAAGAAAGUUGCGUUCAGUCGUCCUCGUGCGGCCAUUUUUUAAUUUUCCCGCCUUUCCAAGCCCUUUCACUGUAACACUGAUCUUUUAAACUGAUAAUAAAACUGGACAAUGAAAACGUUUUACGUAGUACUAUUUAAAACACGAGCAGACGCUGAGUGUUUUAUAUCUGAUAAAGCACGACCGGACUGCGCUUGUUUUAAAUGGCUUAAAAAAAAGACCCAUCUUAUCAGUUCAUUGGCGAAGUAAUUUUAAAAAUUGUUCAUCUGUCUGUAGUAUUAAUUGGAUUGUUGUUUUAAUUGUUUAGUGGAAGAAACAUGAACAGGAAUUGAUGGAAGAAGAGAACAGACGAAUCUUGGAGUUUGCUAAGGAGCAACAGAACAGAGAGGAAGAGAGAAUGGAGAGGAGAAAGCAAGCUGAAGAAGCCAUGACUAAAGUACAAGAGAGGGUAAGUAUUUAUUGUGGUGUUGAUGAUGGUGUUGAUGUUGAUGAUGAUGAUGGUGGUGGUGAUGGUGGUUAUGAUGAUGGUGAUGAUGGUGGUGGUGAUGAUGAUG